AUGGCAGCAGCUUUAGAAGAUACUCCUGUUUGCUACGAAGAUUUGGCCGAAAUCGAGAGAGAUUUCGAUGAUGCGGAAACGGAAAUUAUUCGUCUACAAGUAUCUCUCACUCGACCUCUUUACACCCGUCGCAAUAAUACGGUCGCUCAAAUUCCCAAUUUCUGGGCCCUCGUACUCGAACAAGCACCUCCUGAUAUAGAUCAAUACAUUCAACCCUCCGAUUCCGCACUUCUCCUCUCCUCGCUCACAUCCCUUCACGUUUCGCAUUUCGAACUCGAAAAUCCCAAAACUGCCAUCGGUGGAGAUCCAAGAUCUGUAUCCAUUACAUGGACAUUUUCCUCGAAUGAGUAUUUCGAAGAUGAGAAAUUGGUCAAGAAGUUUUGGUAUAGGAAGAGUGUUGGGGGUUGGUGCGGAUUGGUCAGUGAACCAGUGAGGAUCAAUUGGAAGAAGGGAAAGGAUUUGACCGGGGGUUUAUUGGGUAUGGUGUCUGAUGCUUGGGAUGCAGAACAGAGGGGUAAAAAAAAUAGAGAGAAGGAUGGGAAGAGCAAGGAUAUGUCACCACAACAAAAAGCUCUCGAGAAAAAGAUGGCCAAUACUAGUAUGGGAGGCUUAAGUUUCUUCGCAUGGUUCGGAUUCAUCGGUCGAAGGGUUAGUGAGGAGGAAAGCAAAGAAACUAAUGCUAAAGAUUUGGCCAAGAGAAAAGCCAGGAAAAAUGGAGAGAAAGUCGCAGAAUCAGAAGAUGAAGACGAUGAGAAAGACGACGAAGAAGAUUUAGGAAUGAGUUUGGAAAUAUUUCCUGAUGGAGAUGAUCUUGCUAUAGCUAUCACGGAGGAUUUAUGGCCUGGCGCUAUCAAAUAUUUCACUGCAGCACAAGAACAAGAUGCAUUAUCAGAUGCGGAUUUCGAGUCGGAUGAUGAAGAAGAUGAUGAUGAAUUGACUGAAGUCGAGAGACCGGUUAAGAAACAAAAGUCUUCAUGA